UUUACAACAAGAAGAAAUUAGUGCAACAGAGGUUAAAUACAUACCACAGAAUCAAACCCUAUGUGUUGGUUAUAAUACUCAAGGAGCUUUUCAAAUGUUUAGCCUAAAGUCAUUGGAACUAGAUUUUAGUGGCUUUGCUCAAGGUUGUAAUAGCGAGCAACUAGGAAGAAUUCUGGAUUUCGUGUUUUUGGAGCCCGACGAUGACCCACGACAUUUUCGCUACCUGACUGUCGUAGCGCGGAAAUCGUGCGAGGCUUAUGCUGCCCCCUAGCUUUACUCGCUGUCCUACGUAAUGAAAGAGGUAGUCUCUGAGAGACUUAUUUUAUAUGAAGAUCUGCAGUACAUAACUUUGGAUCCUUGAUCCUUCCCAAGGAUUCCGAUGAAGAGAAUUUCGAAUUAUUGACAUGCAAAAGUCUUGCCUCGUCAAGUAGCCAUGGCAAUCCGAGAGCGACCACUGGUCAUGGCCUUUGUUAUUUCGCCAUGACCUGGAAAAGCGGAGUUUACUUGGCCAUCUUUGACCUGAACCAAUGGUACCAGGCCCAGAUGUCCCCUCGAUGGAUCUUUGACGAUUCGUCUCGAAUGUGUCCUUUUAUGAGAUUCUACCAGGCCCAAACAUCCGGGAGCGCUCGUUCGGUCCGACAAAAAGUGUGGAUUCAACCGUCCACGCUGUCCAUCUUUCAUCGAUCAUCCACUACACCCACCGAAGGAUUCUUUUAUCCAUCGGCACUGAGUUUCCGUGCCGUUGUCAUCUGUCCCCAAGAGUCGGAAAUUGUUUUGUUCUUGGGUAUCCAGUCGUUCCUUCUCCAGAAGUUAUCACAAGCAGGCGAUGAAGGCUGGUCUGACACCUACCGAGACCGUCGCGCCCCACACAACACAAAUGACGGAAGCUUUAUUGAACAUUGGUCUAGAGAACAACUCGAGAUCUUUCUUGGUUUCCUGCAUCAAGGAGCCAAUUUGAAUAUUGGGGAGAAAUGGGCAUGGCAGAAAGUAGUCAAUCCACAAGAGAUUCAAACUUAUCCUCCUCCAUCGCUGUACGCGUUGCUUUCGGCUUAUUUGCGUCCGGAUGUGGAUGACGGAACCAAGCAUCGACUUGUGCAGUACGUUUCGGAACCAAGCAUCGACUUGUGCAGUACGUUUCUAUGGAUCUGACGUGGAUUUUCGGUUCCCGCACCAAUUUCGGUAACAUUUUGCAGCACCUGGUGACCUUCCCGUCGACCUACUCGCUUAAGCCCAGCAUGAUGAGCCAUGGUGACGCAAGCUUUUUGGCAUUUGAAUCACCAGAACUUCGACGACGCUCUCAGCAUGUUUCUGGAUCCUUUGGUACACACGAUGGAUAUCACCAAUGCGCAGCAGAGGGCCAUCCUUCGUUCGUUUCUCUACCAGGAUAAGCGUCGUCACGCUCUCAAAUACGCCACUCUGCGCCAGCCAGUUUGUCCCGAAUUAGAAGAAAUUCAGCUCCACCUGACGAUCCUGAUCGCAAACGGAUUGAUCAGCUACGCCCUGAGUUACAUCAGACGCAACAAGAACCAGCGGAACAGCGUCGAACUGAUGCAGCACCUCCUCAACGGAUGCCAGGAGAUGCGAAAGAUCAGCGUUCUCCUGACUUUGCCUUUGUCGGAUGAAGAAAAGGAUCACGUUACGAAUUUCUUGAAACAGAGCAGAAAUAUCGACCUCCAGGAAGCUCUGCUCCUCUUUUACAUCCAACGGUGCAAAUACCCCGACGCCAUCGCCUACAGCCAACGUUUGAACCAAAUGUGGCCGGCCCGCGACGCCAUUUCCAGGGAGCGCUGCAAUCGCCGUGAAAUGUUGAUGCAAACGUUGAUCGGCGCCUUACCUCCCGUCACCUGCAAAUUAGCCGCUAUCGCAAAUUCACGACCCACGUCCUCGUCGACUUCUUCCGGUUCGAAAUUCUCGCCACCGCUUUCCGUCGCCGUUUUACCGGCCACUUCUAAAGUUCAGUCGACUGGUUCAAAUUUCUUUCGCACGGUGAUUGAGCAGUCCCGAGCCACUUGGCUCAUUGAACAGAAACUUCAUCAAGAGGUUCAGACUCCGUUGAGACCCAGGAAACGCAAAUUUGACAUGCCAAAGAGCGGAUCGUAUCCGGAUGAGAACCAACUGGAAACGACUCCCUUCUUGUGCAACAUUGUCCAGCCCGCACAGCGCAACAUCACCCUGGGCAUGUCGCUAUGUUUUCCGUCUCCUAAAGGCAACGCAGACUCUUCCUCGAUGGAUAUUACUUCCGUCGCUCAACCGGAUUCGGAUAUCAGUCAUCCGAAACAAGGAAAACGACCAUGAUUAUCUCUGUUUCUCAAAGCCAUUGAAGCUGUCAAAACAGAUGCUGAAGUUGUGUCUGUUCUGCAGACUCCGCCCAUUCGCCGAUCUAGUGCGUUCCAUCUUCAAUGUCCGAAGUAGAUGGCAACAACAGCAGUUGACCUUCGUGCAUUUUGAAAGAUAAGAUGCGUCGCUUCAUGAACUUUUCAGCGUUCGACGCCGACGGCCGCCCCAUCAGCGACGCCGAUCCAUCAGAAUCAGAGACGGAAAUGGAGAUUUCGACAGCGUCGGCCAAACAUCUUCGUUUCUCUCUACCGCAAUCACAAGUUAUCGCCUCUCCCCCGUUGGCAUUGGACAUGUCUGAAAUCCCCUCGGCGCCGGAAGCAGUGGAGGAUAAUAUGGAGGUGGUGAUGGAAGAAGAUGUCCAAGAAGAAGUGACAAAUUCCAAUCUACAGACGGAAGAGUCUCAAUUCCUAAGUUUCGAAGAAGACAGCGAACCUCUUCCUCCUCAACCUUCUCUUCCGGAAGUUGCUCAAGCAAAAGUGCCUGAGGAAAUCGUCCAUCCACAAGAAGAGAUCCUUGCUCCAGUAGCCGUGGAAGAGGAAGAUGUUGUCGAUGAUGUAAAUGAUGUCGAUGAUGGUGAACAUUCUGAUGUUGGUAUGGAACUGACGAACUUGGAGGCUACAUCCAUCCAGCCUUCUCAAUUCUUUACUAAUCUCGAGUCUCGUGACCGUCGUGAUGGAAGAUGGCUUCGAAAGGGUAAAGGCAAUGACGUUGACGACUCUGGACCCCAUCGCCGUCGUCGAGAAAGAACCUGCGUCAUCUCUUCCGAUUCCCACACUGCAAACGAAACCUCAGCAACAAGAAGCGAGUGGAUCGUCUUAUAGUGAUGAAAGCAAAAUUGUCUGCCUGGAUUCCAGCAGUGACGAAGAAGCAGCCUGUGCUGAAGCGACUGGCCAAGUAGAAGUAGUAGUAGUGGCGUCCGGUCGUUACAACCUUCGGCGAAGGUGCUAGUGGACGACCUUCCAAGUUGGACAUCAUUUCCGAAGAAGCCGCUGCUGCAGCAGCUGCGUAAUCGGCGACUUCCAACAACAAGCGAAGUCGAGAAGAUGGUUCAGAAGAAAGCUCAGACCAAGAAGAACAAGCUGGUCCGUCUCAGUAAGAACCAGUUGAGGAAGGAGAUGGAGAUGAUGGUGAAGAGUCGAGCCAGAAAGCGGCCCAACCCAAGAGGGUGGUUUGCAAUAAGAAAAGAAAGACCACCAAUAAACAGGAAGAAGAAGUUCCGGAAGAGCUACGUUUCUCUCCCACAUCCCGACCAGCGCCUUAAAAUCUCUCGAAACGAGAUACGGUUAUCAUUGCUCGAACUUCGUCGGUGCGACGUUCGAUACGACUGGAUAAAUAAGAAUUGGUACAUCAAAAAAAAAGGAACAUAAAUCGAUUACUCACAAAACAAGAAAAUAGGAGAACCAGAAAAGAGAUAACUUAAUUUUUUUCAUUAUUAUUUUAAGUCGAAUUUUCCCCUCCUCCGCCUACCUGUUUAGUUAUCGUAAAUCAUAAUAUUAUGUAAUUGACUGUAUCAUUCAUGAAAGUGAAUAAAAUGAUGAGGUAAUGAAA